GAAAUGAGGGUGCUGUCGGGAUGACACCCUUCACCAGUUGGCAUGCUACUCACCGCGGUGAUGUUACUGAGGAUACUGGAGAUCAGUAUGAACCACAAGAUGCUCAAACAGUGAUUUGGCAGCUACGAGAAGAGAACAGACGCCUGCAUAAAACCAUUGAGGACCUGCAACACACCUCUGAAAGGGAGGAAACAGACUCAUCACAGUGUCCUGUGCCUUUUCCUCGCACUCACUCAUCGACAAAGGCAGCAAAGAAACCUUCUCCUGUCCCAACUCCACGUCUAAGCAAGGUAGCAGUAGCUCAAAUGAGUGAUCAGAUUUCUAAAGAGACUGGAAAACCAGUUAUGGAUGAUGGAAAGGAAGAGUCAGAAGAUGAGGAGCGAGACUGUGAAAUUAAUUUGUCAGGUGAACUUUCAGAAAUGAAACUGCAGCCCACAUCAAAGAACAGGCAUGUGCGAUAUCAACCAAAUUCACCAAAUCCAUGUACAUUGCAAUCUCAGCACAAGAUGAGUGUACACGCUGCACAAAGCACAAGCUAUGCACAUGACCAAAGACAUAUCCCACCAAAGCCACAAAUACGUGAUCCUUCCCCUGCAGCUGACUUCAGAUUCAGAGAACAAAUUGAUUACCACCCAAGACAACAUUAUCAUCCUAGAGACUUCGUUCCGCGCACUCAUUCUCCUCCCACCAGAGAGAGCAUUUACAGAGGUCCGAGCCCUUCAAUACCAGAUUUCACAGUGGAAGACCCACGACAGUUUGCUAGACUCAAAAUAUCUCUUGACAAUUUGUUGCCGUACGAUGCUACUGAACAGUUUAAAUAUCAAAUUCUGCUUGAGCAUUUGAAAUUUGAAGAGGCCCUUUUAAUUGCUGAUUCCUACAGCAACUCUCGUUAUCCAUACACCCAAACAAUGCAAUCGCUGACUGAACAUUAUGGACAGCCGCAUCAAUUGGCAUUGCAGAAAAUUGCUGACUUGAUGGACGGACCAAAUAUUCGCAGUGGUGACACUCAGGCCUUUCGUAAGUUUGCCCUCAGAGUUCGAGCAUUAGUGGGUAUGCUUGACCAGCUGGAUGAGAAGGGAGCUAUUGAAUUGCAGUGUGGUUCACACGUGGCAAGACUCAUGUCUAAACUCCCUCAUGAUCUCAAGGCUAACUUCAAGAGGUAUGUUCACCCCCUCAGAAACCCAAUUCCAAACCUGCUCGACUUUUCACACUGGCUUGAGUUUGAGCUGCAGGUGCAGCCCACCGACUGUAAACUCUAUACUAGUGAAAUGAGGGGACAAAUUAGUCAGCACAAAGAAGCUCCGCGACAGCUUAAGCACACUUUUCAGACAACAGCCAUUUUGCAUGGUGUGGAUCAGUCAGCAGACCCUCCAGCUGCAAAAUCAUCAGAAUUUCAAAACCCUGGCAAAAUUGUGUACUGUCAUUACUGUGACAAUAAUCACCACUAUCUUAACCAGUGCAAUAACUUCACACAGCUAACCAGUGAGCUCAAAACUAACUGGAUUAAGUCAAAUAAGAGAUGUUGGAGGUGUGGACGGAAACAUCAGGCAGCCCAGUGCAGAUUGAAAGCCACAUGUAAAACUUGCAAUGGCAAACAUCUAACUGUUUUGCAUGACAUCAACAGCAAAUCAACAGAGAUGAAGCACAACCAUGAAAGAUCCCAAGAGAGUCAGAUGCUAUACCUAGAUCGUCCAGCAGGUGGCAGCCAAGUCCUUCUGAAAAUUUGUAAAGUGCUGUUGCGUAAUGGCAAAAAUUCAAUUAUGACUUAUGCUAUUUUGGACGAUGGCUCUGAACGUACAAUCCUGCUUCAUGGUGCAGCACAGCAGCUUAAACUUAAUGGACAGACUGAAACCCUCUCUUUGAGAACAGUUCGACAUGACACCCAAGUCAUACAAGGUGCAAAAGUAUCUUUCACUCUGUCCCCAGCAUUUCAGCCAAGCAAAAGGUUCAAGAUAACUGGUGCCUUUACAGCUGAGAAUUUCGGCUUGGCCAAGCAUUCACAUCCAGUUACCCUUCUGCAAAGGAAAUACCAGCAUCUCAAAGGGCUGCCUCUUCAUGCCUUUUCUCAGGUUCAGCCAUUGUUGCUUAUAGGCUCUGAUCAUCACCAUUUAAUCAUCCCCAUGGAGCCAGUUCACUUUGGCCCACCAGGCGGGCCAGCUGCUAUAAGGACCAGAUUAGGCUGGACACUGCAAGGGCCAGCCAAUGUACUCCAGCACCAAAUCCCAGAGCAUCAAUGCCUUUUCACAUCGGUGACUUCCACCUCAUCAGAGCUGUUGCAACAUGUUGAGAGACUCUGGCAGCUUGACAUACUACCAUAUCGCAAUGAGAAGGUGGUGACACGCUCACGUUGUGAUCAGGAGGCCAUCACUCUGCUUGAGACCAAGACUGUAAGGGUAAAUGUAAAUGGAGUGUUUCGUUAUGCUACACCGCUUUUGCGAAAAAGGGACAUGCCCGAAUUGAAAGCGCCUAAAGAGUCUGUUCUCCCCAACCUCAGAGCAUUAGAAAGGCGUCUCAGCAAAAGUCCUGAACAUGCAGAGGCAUAUAACCAGGAAAUUGAAAGGCUGGAUCAAUCUGGUUAUGUUGUCAAGCUGGCUGCUGAAGCAGUUGAUCACAGCCCUGAAUCAUGGUACAUACCACAUCACAUGGUACACCAUAAUGGAAAGCACAGAGUGGUGUACAACUGUUCCUUUCAGUACCAAGGCCAUAACCUCAAUGAGUACCUCCUAGCUGGGCCUACCCUCACCUCCACUUUACUAGGAGUGUUACUCCGAUUCAGAGAGCAUGCAAUUGCCAUCACAAGCGAUAUCAAGGGCAUGUUUCACCAGAUUCGUCUGCUCCCAGAGGAUAAACCACUUCUCAGAUUUCUGUGGAGAAACAUGCAGCGUGAUACACCAGUCAGUGUCUAUGAAUGGCAGGUUUUGCCUUUUGGGACUACAUGCAGCCCCUGCUGUGCAACAUUUGCCGUCCUAAAACAUGUCCAAGAGAACACUGUUCCAGGGGAAGAGACACGUGUGGCUGUAGAAAACCAUUUCUAUGUGGACAAUUUCCUGCAGAGUGUAACUUCUACUGACAAAGCGACUGAACUGGUGAAUAAGAUUCAAGCUCUUUUAGUUUCUGGUGGGUUCGAGUUAAGACAAUGGGCUAGCAACAUUCCUUCUGUCGUUGCACACCUUCCUGAAGAAUCCAGAUCUGAGCGAAAUGAGCUUUGGCUUACUGAAAAGCAAUGGGAUGUUUCUGUAUCCACCUUGGGUCUACAUUGGCUCUGCAAAGCAGACACACUUGGUUACAAAGCUCGUCUGAAGGAACCACAAGUUCCAACAAUGAGGUAUAUCUAUCAGGUCGUAGCUAGUCAGUAUGACCCACUAGGCUACAUUAUUCCCUUCACAACUAGAGCCAAAGUACUGAUACAAAGACUGUGGGAUAAAAAACGAGAGUGGGAUGACCCAUUGCUACCAAGUGACCUCUUGCAAGCCUGGCUUGAAUGGGAAGCAGAAUUGCAGUACCUGAACAAGAUUGCUAUACCACGAUGCUACACUAGUGCAGAACUGGAUUCUAAAGUGUGCAAAAGAGACAUCCACAUAUUCUGCGAUGCUUCUAAUAAUGCUUAUGGGUCAGUGGCGUAUCUUAGAACAGAGAGUCCUCAAGGCCAAGUCGAGGUUGCAUUUAUCACAGCAAGAUCAAGGGUGGCACCAAAGCGGCAGUUAUCUGUUCCUCGGCUAGAACUCUGUGCAGCACUUAGCGGGGCCCAAUUGGCAAGACUUCUGGAAAAGGAACUCACCCUGAACAUUCAACAGGUGACAUUAUGGAGUGACUCAAAGACAGUUUUAUCUUGGAUUCAAUCAGAUUCAUGCAGAUAUAAAGUGUUUGUGGGCACAAGGAUUGCAGAAAUUCAGGAACUGACUGCUUCUCAGUCAUGGCAGUAUGUGAAGUCUGAAAACAAUCCUGCAGAUGACAUUACCCAUGGUAAAACACUUCACCAACUCUCAGUGCCAAGUCACUGGAAACAAGGACCACAUUUUUUGUGGCAAGACCCAAGUACUUGGUCUAAUGACACGGAGGAAUUUGUCACAGACAGUACAGAUGAAGAGGAGAAAGUCACUUUCUGCAGCCUGACCACAGUAGAUUUCUCCGACAUCAUUAAAGAAUUCUCAUCAUACCACAGUUUUGAUCAAUUGGUGGAACAUGAAGCACAGAAACAAUUAAAACAAGCCAAUCAGACAAGAGAUUUAUCCGCCCAAGACUACGUAGCUGCUGAGAUAUCACUCUUGAAACAAGCCCAAUCUAUGUGUUUCCCAGUUGAACUUGAUACAUUAACAUGUGGUAAAUCUUUGCCUUCCAACAGCAGAUUAGUCUCACUUGCACCGGAGAUUGACCAAUCUACUGGGCUCAUAAGAGUUGGUGGCCGUUUGCGACGUAGUGAGCUACUUAGGCCAGAUACUGUCCAUCCAAUUGUCAUUGAUCCCAAACACCCACUCAGUCAACUCCUGAUCCAACAUUAUGAUGAAAAACUUCAUCAUCCUGGCCCAGAAAGAGUAUUUGCUGAGUUACGCCGUAAAUAUUGGAUCAUCAGAGGGCGAGAAGCAGUACGGCGGCACCAACAUCAGUGUCGUGAAUGCAAAAAAUGGCGUGGAAAGCCUGAAGUGCCAAAAAUGGCUGAUUUACCACCAGCCCGACUCCGUCUCCACCGCCCAGCUUUUUAUUCGACAGGUGUUGACUGUUUUGGGCCUUAUACAAUCAAAGUAGGCCGCCGCAAUGAGAAACGGUGGGGGAUCAUAUUUAAAUGUAUGACGACCAGAGGAGUCUACAUUGAUUUACUUCCUAAAAUUGAUACUGAUUCAUUCCUCAUGGCCCUACGCAGAUUCACUGCACGCAGAGGAACUCCCCAUGAACUCUAUUCUGACCAGGGAACCAACUUCAAGGGAGGAGAAAGGGAACUAUCAGAAGCAUUUGCGGCCAUGCAACCCAAUCUGCAAAGUCAGCUUGCAAAGCAGAAAAUUCAGUUCAAAUUCAAUCCCCCUGGAGCUCCUCAUUUUGGUGGACUAUGGGAGAGGGAGAUCAGGUCUCUAAAAUCUGCUCUCAAUGUUACCCUUGGAGCCCAACAUGUAACUGAGGAAGUGCUUAGCACAGUGCUUACAGAGAUCGAAGGCAUGUUAAACUCCAAACCCCUGGGCUACGUGUCAUCGGAUGUAGCAGAUGUUGACCCCAUCACACCAAACAGCCUGUUAUUGGGGCGGCCAGACCCUGAUUUACCCCAAAUUGUAUACCCUGAGUCCGAAUUACUAAGCAGAAAACGCUGGAGACAUAGCCAGGUCCUUGCCGACCAUUUUUGGGCCCACUUCAUCAAGAGAUACUUGCCUGAACUGCAAACUCGUGCAAAGUGGAUUACUGAGACUGGCAAAGAUCUAAAGACCGGGACAGUAGUGAUGAUCGUGGAUCAGCAAUUGCCUCGAGCCCUCUGGCCAGUGGGCAAGGUCUCAGCCACAGUACCCGGUGCUGAUGGGAAAAUUAGAACUGCUGAAGUACAAGUGCAGGGUCGGAAAUACAUCCGACCAGUGAGUAAACUUAUCUGUUUGCCACCUCUACCUGAGGAUAACAAAGACUCGUAAGCCUUUUCUAAGUAGAAUUUACAAUGUAAAUUGGGGCGGCUGUUGAAAAGGCUCUAGGUUAAUUCUUAUUGGUGCGUUGUGAAUGAUUGACAGUCGCAACUUAGUCCCGCCCCCAGAGUCUGACGCAACUUAUGUUUCGCUUGAAGGCUGUGGAGGGCUCGCGUGUAUUCAAGCCAUAGAUGAGUGUGCGUAACUUUGAAAAAACCACACUCACACAACCUUAAUGUUCAUGCAAUACCCUGAGUAUGUUGAUGGCUUGAUCCUUCUAUUAAAACUGUGAUUGGACUUUGGACUUUUGUGCAUUCUUACCGAUGCCCCGUGAUGAUCCCAACUAAGUCAGAACCAAGCAAUACAGUCCAUAAAACUAA